AUGCCAAAGAUCACAAACCAAUAUGCGCUGGCGGCGCUCGCCUGCACGGGCGGUAUUCUGUUCGGCUUCGACAUCUCGUCCAUGUCGCUCAUUCUCGGGCUGAACAGCUGGAACAGCUUCUUCGGCAACAUCACCGAGAAUGGAGUCACCAGGGUCGACGCCAACUUGCAAGCCGGUAUUACCGCCUCGAUGCCCGCCGGCUCGGCGCUCGGCGCCAUCAUCUCGGGCCUGUUCUCCGACCGUUUUGGUCGCAAGGGCGCCAUCAUGGCUGCCUGCUGCUUCUGGCUCAUUGGCUCGAUCCUCUGCGCCGCUUCCCAGGCGGUUGCAAUGCUGAUUGUCGGACGUAUCAUCAACGGCAUCUGCGUCGGUAUUGCAUCUGCUCAAGUGCCCGUUUACCUCUCCGAGCUCGCCCAGCCCAAGAUUCGCGGGCGUCUCGUCGGCUUCCAGCAGUGGGCCAUCACUUGGGGUAUCUGCAUCUUUUACUACGUUUCCUACGGCUGCAGCUUUAUCGGCGGGUCCGCCAGCCUUAACACGGCUCAAUUCCGUGUUCCCUGGGCGCUGCAGACGAUCCCCGCCCUCGGUCUCAUGGCCCUAUUGCCCUUCAUGCCUGAGUCGCCCCGUUACCUCGCCUCCAAGAACCGCUGGGAUGAGGCCCUGGAGGUACUUGCCGACGUCCACGCCAAGGGCAACAAGGAGAACGCUCUUGUCCUUGCCGAGUUUAAGGAGAUCCAGACCAACAUUGAGGAGGAGAACAGCUCUAGCUGGGCCGAACUCUUCAGCGGCCGCUACCUCAACCGCACCCACAUCGUUGUCUUCACCCAGAUCUGGGCCCAGCUGACUGGUAUGAACGUCAUGAUGUACUACAUCUCCUACGUCAUGGAGAUGGCAGGGUACACAGGAAACAUUGGCCUCAUCUCCUCGUCCAUCCAGUACGUCAUCAACGUCCUCAUGACGGUCCCCGCGUUGAUCUUCCUCGACAAAUGGGGCCGUCGCCCGACCCUGAUGAUCGGCUCGAUCCUCAUGGCCACGUUCCUCUAUAUCAACGCCGCCAUCCUCGCCACCAAGGGCCACGGCCUCAACUCGGGCUUCAACGGCAACGAUGCCGUCAGGUGGAUCAUCAACGAGGACGCGCACUCCGCCGGUGUGGCGCUCAUCGCAAUGACGUACCUCUUCGUCGCCUCGUUCGCCUCGACCUGGGGCCCCGUCUCAUGGGUUUACCCGCCGGAGCUGUUCCCCAACAGGCUCCGCGCCAAGUCCAACUCGGUCUCCACGCUAGGCAACUGGCUCUUCAAUUUUGCACUCGCCUACUUCGUCCCGCCCUCAUUCAAGAACAUCCAGUGGAAGACAUAUAUUGUCUUUGCCGUCUUCUGCACUGUCAUGACCGUCCAUGUCUUCCUCGCUUUCCCCGAGACCAAGAACCUCAGUCUGGAGGAGGUCGAGGAGGUGUUCGCUGCCAAGCUGCCGGCCUGGAAGACGCGCGCUGCCACCAAGAACAACCGCCUUGCCUCGCUCGCAGACAAGAUCGAGCGCGGCGAGGACCAUGGCCAGGCCACCAAGGGGAACCUCGGAUACACUGAGGCACCCUUGACUGCCGUGGAUAGCCCAGAACUUGAGGACAAGAAGGAGACCGCCUGA